AUGGAACAUACUGAAGUUGUGAUUGUCGGAGCGGGCCCAUCUGGACUCUCAUUGGGAUUAACUUUAGCACAAUUUAAAAUCCAAUCGAUCAUCCUUGAAAAAGAGGCGAAGGUUACAGAAGAUCCCCGCGGCGUGUAUCUAGCUCAAGAUGCAAUUCGAAUUCUCCAUAACAUUGGAAUUGGAGAUCGCAUGAAAGAAAUCGGACAUGUUGUUCCAAGCGUCAACUACCACAGAACAGCACUCGCUUCACCACCAUUCCUCAAAAUGUACCCGAACGAUGACAGUUUCUGCCAGACUGUGCCUGAUGGUAUCUUACAAGUACAGACGAAAUUAGAGCAAGUAUUACGUGAACUCAUCGCCGAAUCACCGUACUGCAGUCUUCGACUACGUUGCGAAGUGGUCGAUAGAGUUGAGGAGGAUGACAGAGUUAUUAUAAAUUACAUAGAAAACUCUGACUCUGAAAGACAAAUCCAAUGCUGUUGGCUUGUCGGGGCGGAUGGUAAGAAGGGAACCGUUCGCAAGCGAUUUCUUGAACCCGAGGUGGGAAUUGUCCAAGAGACUGGGAUUCUGCCUUACGAAGGUACAUGGAUCGCUGCGAAUCUAAAAAUUACCCUCCCAACGAAAUCUUCGCACCCAGAUUUCCCGCUUUGGAAGUUGGGAUACACGCCCUCAGACGUCUAUGAUCUGUUUUGGCCCGAGGGAUGGCACUUUUGUAGUCCUCCCGGCACUCCAGUUGCUUGCGGAAGGUUUGGCCCAUAUGAGGAUAGACUCUGGAGGCACGAAAUUGAAGUGCUUGAUUGGAACGACUCUAUGGAUCCACAUAAAAUGAUGAUAGAGCAUCUGAAAGGGAUGAUGACGCGAUCCAUUUCUACGGCAGGCCAGCCUGAAGUACAGUUUCCCUUCGACUGCAUUAAAAUUCUUCGAUGUCGUCCAUUUAAAUUUGCUCACAAGGUCGUUAACAGAUGGUUUCACAAUCGGACAAUACUCAUUGGAGAUGCAGCACAUGUUUUCCCACCUUUUGGUGGUCAAGGAAUUGCCUGUGGGAUAAGAGAUGCUCAUGGUCUGGCCUGGAGACUGGCUCUAAUCUUGAGACUCUCCAAAACUCCGAACUACUUGGCAGAAGAUUUGCUUAUGAGAUGGAGUUUGGAGAGGCAGCAAGGAGUUUAUGACAGUAUGAGAUAUACAAUGAGCAGUGGCAUCUUGGUCAAUGGCGAAGACAGGUUCCCUUUUUCUACUCUCCGCCGAAUGGUCUCCAUCAUGAACUCAACCCCAUUCAUGAGUGGAAUAGCGAUGAGAGAGAGUGUUAGUACGGAUCGAAGCGGAUAUCGACACAUGAACAAUGGAUUCUACCUUCCCGAAAUGAAUGGUGGGCGGAGGUUAGCCCAGGUUUACAUGGUGUCAAACCAUUGCGACCCUUUUCUCUCUGACAAACUUCUCCUUCAGCAAACAUCCAUCUUCACACUGUUUGUUAUCGACUCAAACCCAGAAAAACAUCUCUCCGGAGUAAAAUAUAUUAUCGAAACUGCCGGACUAAACCCGGCUAUCCUCUCGGAGAGCUCUAUUUGUCUCAUUGAUAACGGCACUAGGGCCUCUGUGGAUUCAAGAGCUGAUGAUUUAGUCUCUGACAAGAUUAUGAGAGUUGCAUCAUUACAAGAGCUACAUGGCAAAGACUUGCUCCGUUUCUACACAGGCCAAUCUUUUGUCAGACGAAUUGGACAAAAUACCAAAUUCGUCAUCGCUAGACCAGAUUUCAUUAUUUUUGCAGCGAUGGACUCCUAUUCCGCGCUGAAGGAUUCUGUUGACAAGCUUCACCAUCGGCUUUGUCGCUUAUAG